UUAUCAAUUUUGCGGCGACCAAUAGGAGCCCGAGUUCCUCUUACUCCCUUUCUCUUAGCUCCGUGAGAACCUAAUCGAACCCACGGUCGACGCCCCUAGCGCUCUCGAGCCCAAGUUUCAUCUCUUCCAAAUGGCGGCACAUAAGAUAGCGCAUGCCACCCUGAAGGGCCCAAGUGUUGUCAAGGAGAUCUGCAUAGCUCUUACGCUUGGAAUGUUUGCCGGCGGUCUCUGGAAGAUGCAUCAUUGGAAUGAGCAGAGGAAGACUAGGGCUUUCUACGACAUGCUGGAGAAAGGUGAGAUCAGUGUUGUUGUUGCCGAAGAGUAGCUCUUUCUGAUCUUCAUAUUUCUUUUUGCUAUAAGAAAGUUUAUGCUCUAGUGUUAUGGUUUUCAUCUCAUUGUGAUUUUAACUGUUCGUAAUAAGCGUAGAUACUGAGCGUCAACAAACGCUGUCCAUGCUUCACUAGUGAUACUUUUGUUUCUCCUACACCGGUUUGUAUUUCGACUUGUGGAGUUUUCUAAAUCUUGAUACUUCUAAGUAAGAGUUUUUUUUUUUUGGUUUUAUUCUGAUGUAUGGAUGCUUCCGGCUUCUUUUAAGUCGCUUCUCUUUGUUAUCGUUUUCAGCAUUUGCUGGAACUCUUGAAUAAGACAAACAGCGGUAAUAUCUA